AUGGUAUCAGAGCGAUACCCAAGGGAUGAAGAUGAAGAUUCCGCUGCCGAUUUCGAUUCAGCCAUUGAUGAAGAUGAAGCUCUUUCUCAUGAUGUAGCUAUGGAGGUUUCUGCACCAGAAGCUCAAUCUUCAACAAUCUGCAAUCACAUUUGUUUUGGCAGUUUUAGGAAUUCAGAUUUUUCCGCCGUUCAAUUCGCUUCAAUCACUCCAAUCAAGCCAACAAUUGAUGGAUUCACCAUCAAGAUCGGGGAAAUUGCAUGUGUUCUUGUUGCUUCAAGUUGCAACAAUAAAUCUGCGUUUGCAGCUUCGGAAGACGACGAGAAAUCGAAGAAUCUUGAUUCUGAAAUUGUGGUUUCUGAAGCAAUCAAAGGAUUGAACGAAUGCAAAUCUGAGUUUGGUGUUUCUGCAGAAAUCAAGAAGUCGGAGAAUCUUAUCAAAGGUAGAGUUCCGCUAUGCUAUGGAUCUGUUUACGGCGUUGCCGCCAUAAGGCCUUUCGCUUCUUGGUUCUACGUCGGAAAACAGAAACAACAAAUCAGUAGCACAACAAUCAACAACCAGGUUUGGCUUUUUGAACUACAUGAUGAGUGCAUCGUCGAUUUUGAUCCCGGUGGAAUUAUGUCAGUGAUUUCCAGUUCUGCUACUAUGCUCUCUAUUAUGUCAAUUUUCGAUUCAAUCUCACUCUUCCCUUUCGAUCCCGGUGGAACUUUCCUAUGUCAGUGA